ACCCAAGAAAGAGGCCCAGCGAAAGUGCAAGUAUUGUAGGGCGAAAAGAAAGGAAAAUUUCGUGAGAUGAGAUGAGAAAUCCCUCUCUCCCCCUCAAAUUCGCGUUCGUCUUCUCCUUCUCUCUCGCAAUCUCUGCUUCCUCUUCAACAUCUCCUUCCUUUCUCCCCUUCUCUUUCAUCAGAUCGCCGACAUCUCAUUCUUCUCCCAAGACAGCAGCUUCUAAUCUUCUCUCUCUUCUCGGGAGCCAAGAACAAGCGGCGAGGAUCAAGCUCAAGGAAGCCGAGGACCUGAGAUCUUGCCUGCGGUUUCUCGUCCCGUUUUCUCCCAAUUCCAGCGAGAAAUUCCAGAAACUCUCGCUCGGAUGUCGAGAUCUGAUCGAUGGACGACGGAGAUUGACGGAGAGGGAGGAGGACGAGCUGGUGUGGUGGCCGCCGGAGCCGGUGAUGGAGCUGGCCAGGCUGGCUGUGGAUUCCGGGGGAGAUCCGGCCGCGAUUCACCGAGCGCUCGAUCCGACAACGUUGCCGGUACCUGACGUCGAUGGAUGCAAGGAGGACCGAUGUGAGCUCACAAGAACUCCAUAUGGGCGGCGCUUCGUUAAUGAGGAAUUGAACUCAUACCUUGCAUUCUUGUUUGAAAUAAUUGUUACUCGCGGUCCCUCAGUUGGAUUGAAUGUAUCACUGAAUCGCUAUGACUUGUUCCAUGGUCACCUCUUCCUCGCCACGGACUCUGGAAGGCUUGGCAUAUUGUUCCAUGCCAGAGAAUACCCAGCCUAUGAAAAGGAAGUGUUCCCUUAUCAAAUGGGAUACUGCCAAACGGGAUCUAAUGUGAAGUAUGAUGACUCAAUGAAUCUAAGGAACAUUCUUUGGUUGGCUCCAUUGCCCAGUGAUGUCACAAAAGCUUGGUUGGCACCUGGAGUGCUGGUGGUCCUGGAUGCUCGUCCAGAAGGGAUCAUUUAUAAAACUCUGGUACCAGAAUAUGUCGAUUUUGUGAGAACCAUCUAUGAAGAGGAUUUUGGGGAUGCUGUGGUUGAUGUGAACUACUUCAAUGUGGAAAAUGCAACUGCGGGCAACCAGAUUUUCAUUUGUUGACAGGAAUUAUAUCAUCCUCCACUGUAAAGGAUAUACAUAAUAUUCCCAAGAUGUCAGUCUGUAGUUUGAGUGAUCCGGACCAUUGCUCUGAUGGGCCCCACUGGAUGUACCAUGUCCCCAACCUAUCCUGGAUUGGAGGAUAUUGGCCACCAAUUAUCAGUCCUUUUAGUUAAAUAUGGAUGUCGCUGCAUUUUUCC